UUAUUACACUCAGUAAUGUGUAAACUUAAAUAUGGCAAAGCACUCGACUACGACUGUGAGGUGCAGGGUCAGCAGGACAUUCCUCAGGCCAUUCAGCUGCUGGGCGAGAUGAACAGCAAUGUGAAGCAGGUGACAGAUCUCGUCGAGGGCAUGCUGCAGCGUGUGAAGCGCGGCGAACUAAGCACAGAGUAUGGCCUCAGCUUUCUGGAGGUCAAGUAUCACAUGCUGCUCGACUACUUGAUCAAUCUGACAUACGUGGUAUUGCGCAAAUGCUCCGGCGAGACCAUUGAGGGUGAUCCAUCGAUUGAGCGUCUGAUUGAGAUACGCACUGUGCUGGAGAAGAUACGACCCAUAGACUAUAAGCUGCGCUAUCAGAUUGACAAGCUGGUCAAGACGGCCACCACAGGGGUCUCAAGCAGCACAGAUCCCAUACUCUAUAAGCCGAAUCCGGAGGAUAUGCUGAGUGCAGCAGGCGCUGACAAUGAAGAAGACGAUGAUGCCGAGGCAGGCAGUGAUAGUGAUGCGGAUGAGGAUGAGGAUGACGAGGCUGGAGCUGCGAAAAAGCCGCGCAAAGCAGCCACAGCUGGCAAAUCGGGAGUUUACGUGCCACCGCGCAUUAAACCUGUCUACUACGAUGGCGAUGAGCGUGAUGCAGACAAGGAGAAGAAGGCUUUGGAUCGUGCCAAGAAGCGCGCCAUCACUUCAUCCAUGCUGCAAGAUCUGAAGGAAGAGUACUUGGAUGCGCCCACUGAGCUGUCGUCGGGCUCAAGGGCUCAGCAACUGCUCUCCCAGGCACAGAAGGAGAAACAGGAAUACGAGGAGGACUAUUUGAUGCGUCUGCCAAUCACUAAGGCGGAGAAACAUCGUCAGCGCAAGCUCACCACAUUGGGCACUCUGGGUGAUGAAAUUCUUGGCGAGAUUAGCCGCGAAUCGACGCUGCGUGGUGAUGGCGUUGCAAAAAAACGCAAAUUGGCCAAGUCGCGUGGCAAGGGAAAGAAACGUGGCGGCAAAAAGCGAAAGUUCCAUUAAUAAUGGAAGCCGAGCAAAUUAGUUGAUAUCUCAGUUUUCCAUUUGCUUUAUCACAUUUUCAAUUAUUAUUGUGCGUAAAACUAGUUUACUUUCCCAUUAUGUUUUUUAUUCAAUUUAUUACAUUUUCAUAAUUAUUACUGAGUUGGUUAAGUUUCUUCUUGUAGCUGAAAAUCCAAUAAAUUUUUUACUAUUUUACAAAUUUACUUUUAUGUUAUUUUAUUUUAUUCGAUUUAUUGUUACAGCAAGAAUAAAAAUAUUAUAUUUUUAUUAUUAACCCUUAAAGAUGGCAACAACAACAUGCCAAAACUACGCGUAAAAUGAAAAUAUAAAACCAAUAAUAAAGAUAUAUGAAGUCAUGUAUUUUACGCAUUGUAAACUGCAUUAACUUUAGGCCACAAAAUUAAGCUCUAAUUAUAAUAAUUUCCUUUCGACUAACGACUAAAAACCAAAACUAAAUUAAGAAAUUGCAAAAUUUAAUGGCAUAGGAAAGAAACAAAACUAAAUUCAAAAUUAUACGUAUUAUGGAUGAGAAAUGAAAUGAAAUCAAAUCAAAAGCAAAACAAAAGAAAAAUGUCUAGUGUAUUGAUAAACAAAAUUUCAAAUUAAACUAACAUUUAAGGCACAGCAAAAGGUAAAAUGUUUCGUUGUUUUUAGGAGUCUAAACAAAAAUGAGAAAAAAUUCUGGCUGCUUAUGAUAUGCUUUAAGAAAUUGCCAUAUUUUCGGUUGAAAUAGCAAAAUUCAAAACUCAAAAUGCAGUUCCAAAUCACAUUGUAUAAAUUCAAAAAUAAAACCAAAAACACAAAAUUAAAACUAAAUAUAUAAAUCAACAGAAAAUAUUACAAAUUCAGUAACAAAAGCAGUUGCCUUAUCAAAAGAUACAAGAGACCGGUUAUACUUACAGUAAGAAAAAUGAAAAACAAUUCAAACCUUAAAAAAGGAAAAAAUAAAACGAAACGAAAGUAAUUUGACAACAAAUUUUUAUGUUGGCAUUGAAGGAUCAAGAAAUUAUAUAUAGCAUAUGAUAAACGUAAGCCCCACCCAAAAAAAAAAAAAAAAAAAACUAAAAAAACAAAAACGGAACAAAUAUGAAAUGGAAAAGAAAAGAAAAACAAGAGACACACAUUUUGAUGGGAACUCUGGAGAGUUUUAUGUUUCCGGCCGUAUCUUGUUUUACUUGCCAAAAAGAAAGCAAAAAAGAAACUCCUAAAAACAACUGAAUUUAGACACAAAAUUUUAUAUAUUUACUAUACUAUAUAAUAAUGAUUAACUAAAUUUAAGCAAACAAUUUUGAAUAUACCAAAAAGGAAAGCGAAAGGAUUGAAUUGUACGUCCACUUGAAAAGUUUUUAAAUUUAACCAAAACAAAAAUUUCAAAAACAAAAAGAAACUACGCAGUUUAUGAAGAGACGAAGAAAUGGAGGAGAAGUCGAAAUACGAUUGAGGGAGGAGAAGACAAAUACUACAUUCAUGUGUAGUGUGAGCAUGCAUAAUUAUUACUAUUAAAUGUAUAAAUGAUAAACCCAAGAAUCUAGCGUUAAGUUAAGUACAUAAAUACUGACUAUUAUAAAAUGGAGCAAGCAAACUUUUGGCUUUUACAACCAACUUUGACUAAGGAUAAAAAUUUUUUCCAAAUUUUCAUCAAUCACGAUUCGCGUCGUCGUUUGAGAUAAAACAAAUUUUUGGCUAUAAACUUUAAAACAAAACAUGAAAUGGAAUACAACCAAGCAACGUAAGGCAGACAAUGGAAAUUACCACAUAAAUGCAAUAGAACACGAAAUUAUUUACAGGCAGCAAACAGCAAUGAAUAUUUGAACAUUUUGUAAUGCAAAUUAAAUAAAUUAAUUUAAUUAAUUUAUUUACGUUAAAAGCUGAAAGACUGAAUAUGUUAAAUCAAAAAAAAAAAAAAAAAACUUACGAAUACGGAAACAGAAUAUGUAAAACUUUUCUCAAGCUAAAAUUUGAGGCGUGGUAUGAACUUAAAUAAUUUUAAUAGCCGAAUUUCUAGCACAAAUUUUAAACACUAAAAAUGAAAUUAUUCUUUGAAGUAUUUAAAUGUGUACGAUUAUCAUUUUGUUUUGCAAUUUGUUCUGUUCAACUUUUUAUGUUAUCCUUCGAAUUUAAAUACAAAUUAUUCGUUUUUGUAAAUGGGGAAAAACAAGAAAAAAAUCAAGAGGAAAGUAACAAGAAACAAGAUAUAGACAAACAGACAAUGGACAACAGACAAAGCAACAAAUGUUGAAUAUAUUGCAAAUGUAAAACACAAAGUAAACAAACAAAGUGAAACAACCAAACAAAAGUCGCCUUAGCCAAGCACCACAAACAAAUCGAAACGAAAAGAAAAGUAAACAAAAAUUUGUAAAACCAAAUAAAACAAACUCUAAAUAAUACAAAACGAAAACGAAAAAAAAAAAAAACAAAAAAAACAAAAA